GGAGCUGCUGUGGAAACUGCCCUGUCAUUGGUUGGUGAUGUGUUCUGCCUGCCUGCAAAAGUUUGCCCGAUUGGCCGUUGCUUUGCAAUGAGCAGAGCAGCUGCAGUUGUGAAGAACUACCCCUUCUCUUUCUGCCCUGUCUCUCUCUUUGCUGCUUCUUCCCUUCGCAUUAAUAACUGUCUGGGAAUCAUCGGUGUCGACCACAUGUGCCAGCCAGUGCCACUUCAAGGACACUGCUUUUCACAGUAUAUUGCAGCAUGAUUCAUGUCAAGUUAGUCAAUUACUUUCUGCUCCGUGGAGCUCAGGGGAGUUGAAGUGACGUCUCUGUCCUGCCUGCAAUCUCCAUCCAUCCCUUUAUUCCCUCUCCCUUUCUCUCUCGUAUCACUUAAUCAAGACAUAGCUUGCCCUUUGCCGUUCAUUGCUGCCUCCCUCCCUCCCGUACACUCUGCUCUCCUAUUUGUUUGUCCUCGCUUUUUUCUCUUUGGCUCAUUCCCUUCCACCCUCCUGCCUCGUGGUCCUCAUCACCCUCCGCUGAAACAGGCUCCACACGAGUCAACAGCAAGACAACAAGCAAGGACAUGCAGAAGAGAGGUCAGUGAGGAGGAUGACAACAGAAGAAUAAAGGACGGCAAAGGAGGGAUGAGAAAGCGGCCGAAGUAAAAGGAGGAAGUGGAACUCUGAAGUGCCUACUGUGAGGGGUUGUCUGCUGCCUUCUGACUUUGCUGGAUGAGAGCAGGACGGGGCUCAGUGUCUGUUUGGCCUUGAAUGGAGGCUAUGUUUUAUCCUGACAGCCACAGAGUCAUCCAUCCCAUGUUCCAGAGACGCAGUCCCCACAUACCCUGAGCUGAGCAGCCACCUCGUCUGCAAGGAAAGCAUCCCUAUAAGGUUCUGCUUUUUUUGUUCUAUAGACAUCUUCCUUUUCAGGCUGUUCAAACAUAACUAGCUCAACAGAGAUUGCUACAGCCUUGGCCAUGUUGACGUGAAUGUUACAGUGACUUACGGUGGGCGUCAUUUGAUUCAGGUAAAGACGCAGAUGCUCAGCGGCAUAUCCAAGCAUUCCAGAGUGAUGUCCUCAGAGUAGUUUCUGUUUUUUUCCUUUUUUUUGAGACAGAGCUGGCCUCUGCUCACAGCCAAACCCCUCUAUCUCACCCCAGUGAGACCUCAGCUGCCAAAUUUCCCAGGAAGAACUAAUAAACAUCCCCUAAAAUACAUUGAGCAAAAGGACUCGCUGUCUAUUUGUGCUGAGGAAAAACUGAAAAUAUUCUUUGCCUCUGUUUCCUCUCUGUUUUGUUGGGGACUCUUUUUCUUGCGUCACUAUUAGUCACCCUUGCACUCGUCAGGCAGUUUUCCGUCCAUCUGCCCCCACCACUGUUCAGUGUUUGUGAGCAUCUCUGAUGGCUGUCAGCAUGACCAUGGGACGGGACACCAAAUGGCUGACCCUGGAAGUGUGUCGUGAGUUUCAGAGAGGUACUUGCUCAAGGUCUGAUGCCGAGUGCAAGUUUGCCCACCCCUCCCGGAGCUGCCAUGUGGAGAAUGGCCGAGUCAUCGCCUGCUUCGACUCACUGAAGGGGCGCUGCACACGUGAGAACUGUAAAUACCUGCACCCACCUCCACACCUGAAAACCCAGCUGGAGAUUAACGGGAGGAACAACCUGAUCCAGCAGAAGGCUGCAGCAGCCAUGUUGGCUCAACAGAUGCAGUUCAUGCUGCCUGGAACACAGCUGCAGCCCAUAACAACAUUCCCGGUCACGCCCUCCCUCACAACGAGUCCAAGUAUGGCGUUCAGUCCAUAUCUGAACCACAUGGGCCCAGGCAUGGGCUUGAUGCCUGAGCUGCUGCCCAGCACUCCCCUGCUGGUCCCUGGGAGUCCCACCGGUCUGGCAGCCAUGGGCAACGGCACCUCUGCACAAAAACAUGUGCGCACAGACAAGUUGGAGGUUUGUCGAGAAUUCCAGCGCGGUAACUGCACACGGGGUGAGAGCGACUGCCGCUACGCUCACCCCCUGGAGGCGGGCAUGGUGGACUGCAGCGAGAACUCAGUCAUUGUCUGCAUGGACUACAUCAAGGGCCGCUGCAGCCGAGACAAGUGCAAGUACUUCCAUCCGCCUGCUCACCUGCAGGCCAGGAUUAAGGCUGCACAGCACCAAGCCAGCCAAAACACAAUCACCAACACAGGCUUGCCUCUGCCGCCAGGGGUCGUGCAGCAGCUACCAAAGAGGCCGAUCUUAGAGAAGAGCAACGGAGCAGCUGCCGCUGUCUUCAACCCCAGCAUGUUCCACUACCAGCAAGCCCUGGCUAACAUGCAGCUCCAGCAACCAGCCUUUAUCCCCACUGUUCCCAUGAUGCACGGUGCCACCACCUCCACUGUUUCGUCGGCCUCGACCCCAGUCACCAAUGUUCCUUUCGCUGAAUCUGCCGCCUCGAAUCAGAUCCCUCAGAGCUUCUGACUUCUGAUCCAGUGGGGCUCCAGUGCGUUCCAAUGGAAACCCAUUUCUGUCCCGUCCCCAAACUGCUGAUGGCGGCUCCAGUGGCGCUCAACUCAGUAAGCCUUUCCCGAAACCCCAGUUAAAGUCCCUGAAACGUGCGCAGCACCAGGGCGGUCAUCUUUCUGAAUGCAGCAAACAUGUGCCUCACCUACAGUGCACACUGACUGAGUGGCAAUGUGAAACUUCUUAUGAGAUGUUAUGUAAGUAGUAAAGCUGCGAUGGUUCACGCAAUACAAGCCUGGACGUAUUACUGUUGCUUUAAAACAGCCAUCCUGAUGCAUAUUGACUCGAUCAGGCUGAGCAAUAGAGCUCCCUCGUUCUUACAGCCAUACAUGCCCACACCUUAAGAGUGCAGCAGACACAUGCACACGAACACACACACAAACAAACACAUACACAUUUAAGACUAAAAGCCCUUUAUGGGUUGGAGCCAUCACAUGCGGCGACCCAACACAUUUGACUGUUCCAAAGUCAGAAACUCUGAAAAGUAAAUUCUGGAAAUUCAGACCAUUCAGGCGGCACCUGUGGACCUGCUGCCUGGUCUACAACCAUUACGUGUUGUCAAAAUGAAAGCGUGUUUCAUAUCAUGUCUUGUUUACGUUUCAAGAUGGCUACAAAUGUAACAUUCGUGUUGUACCAUGUUAUACCAUUCAAUUCGUUCUCAUGGUCUCAUCUUGCCUGAUGAAACGUCAGUGUGUUGUUAAUUUGUUUGUGCCUUUGAUUUGUCAGCUCAGCUGCAGAGGAGACUUAGUUUCCCAAAAUAAUUCAAUACACUUAACAGCGUACAGCAAAAGAUGUUAUUUGCAAUUAAAGGCAAUAUCUGUUGUAACAAAAAUGCUGUGGAGUAGCCCUUAGUUCCUGUUGUAAGAAAAUCUCGUAAUUACAGUGAUCACCACUUGAUAUUGUUUCAUAAGUGCUGAGUAUGAUUUAAAUCGGUUUUUGUCCCCAGUUUCAUAGUCAGUAUCUAGUACUUACUGGAUAACAGCAGCAAAUGAGACAUUACUUUUGUCAUUACUUACAUUUUAUGCAAUUACCUUAAAAAAACUGACAGGGUGACAUAAAAUUAGGAUACAGUCACACCUAUCCUAAAGGAGAUGAGUUGAGAGAUUUUUCAGAAUGUGGCUCUUAAUUUGGAUUUAUAAUAACUGGAUUUAAGACACAAACUGCCUUAAAGCAGGUGAGUUCUCCAUGGGAAGGUCAGGCUCUGUAUAACUCCACUAGUAAUAGACCAGACAGCUCAAAUUAUUAAAACUGUUGGAUUGAAGUGAUGAAUUAUCUUGACUCAUGACGUCUGAUCAGUAAUUGUUUCCUGCCUGUGAUGGGUAAUUGUCUGAUGACUGAAAGUUUGUUUGUCCUGUUUUAACCAUGACUUGAUAUCCAAACAAAACAAAAACAAAAAACAAAACAAAGAAAGACAGGCACAUUAAUCUUCACUUUUUUGUCAUAACAAUGAGUCUUGGCUUCAGCCACAAACCCCAAUUUUCUGUGUCCAACUUUCCUGAAAUCAAGACAAAAAGAUAUUUGUGAGGGUCAGAGCUAAGAUUACAGACUUUUAUAAUUGGCACUUCUUAAACUUUCACACCUGAUGUCAGAAAUGGAAGCUGGAUUUGUUUCCUGAUGUUGUGCCUGAAGUCUGUGUGUGCCAAGUGGUGGUAUAUGCAAGGAGCUGCCCCAUUCAAUGCAAUACCUGAAUAACUCCUCCUAAGAAUUGUCUCCCUUUUAAAUGCAGAUAUGUAUUUUAAAAAGGCAGUUUGUUUGUGUAAUUGUCUCCUUUCAUGCAGCUUUUGGAUUGAAUGAGUGGCACAAGAUUUUUAUGUUUUAUGGCUCUUCAGGGAGAAAGCUUAGAACUUGAAAAUGUCCUGUCUGACUUUAAAAUGUGUCGUCUUUUCUACUGAUGUCUCCUUUUUGUCAAAAGUCGUCAGACUCUAAAAAUUGCAGCGACAGUUGCUAUAACCAGAACUGGGUUGUGGCAAAGUCAGGAGAUGGAGGAAUAAAUCAUACGUUUGAUGUCUGAUGGUAAAAAAAUUACAAACCAGUUGGACUUCUGGUUUUCAAAUGUCCGCAAGGAAUUGCUCUGUUGGCGUGUAAAAUUGAACGUAACGGCUUUGGAAGCUGGGCUGAAAUCACUUUUAUCCAAAUUCAAAUGUGCCUCUUUCAAGUCUCCUCAAACCACAGCUGUGAGUACACUGUAAGAACAGACCAGUGCUCAAAGAUAGAUGUGUUAUUUGGUACAUUAUUAUAAUAGUCAGUCACAUCUGUACUAGUUUCUUCUCUGAGACAGCUGUGCUGUCUUAUUAUUAAUGUAAAGAAAUAAAUCAGUGAGUUGUGUGAAUAGUUAAGUGUGCUGAAAGAGACAAUGAAUCACAUGUUUGGUUAGUCGGUAAAUGUAGGUAAAUGCUGCAGAUAUUACGACAUUUCCCACUGAACAUUAUUCAUUUUAAAUAAUGUCAUUGUGUCGUGAAUGUAUCUAAUGCAAAAACUCUAUACGUGCCCUCUGAAAGACAGGCAUGUGGAAAUGUAAUGAUUCACUAUAUAUAGACUAUUUCUGGGGUCACACAGGUACCAUGCUGAUACUGUGUUAAGACAUAUUAAAGUAUGUGUAUUGUUAUAUAGAUUUAUAUUUAAUGUCAGUGGGUGGUGUGACUACUUUUAGAAAUAUCUUUCACUCUCAGAAAAGGUUGAGCUGAGUUGUACUUUUUAAAGUACAAAUGUACAUCGUUCAGGUACAUUACAGUACCAUUUCUUGCUGAUCAGCUUUUGUACCCCAACCUUCGAAAGUAGCCAAAGUGCCCAAAAUGCACCAAUAAACAAUGAUAUAAUCAUUGGGCAAAACUGAGAAAAUCAGCUUGCUACCCUUUUUUUUUUAACACGUUUUACUUUUACGCAUGAUGUGGGUUGGCCAGUUCUCCCCUGUGCUGCAGUCCUUGUUUUUGCUGACUCCAACUCUUGUUCUUGGGAGACAGUUUGCAAAAGUAACUUCCAACUGUGUUCAGUGAGGGCAAGUUGGAACCGCCACUUCAGCUGAACCAUUAUCAGUGUGUGUCCCUUAAAGGAACAGUAUGCUUAUUUGCUUUGUCUUUGUAAGUUAGAUGAGAAGAUCAAUAUUGCUCUCAUGUGUUAAAUAUAAAGCCAAUUAGCUUAACACAAAAAAAUGGAGGCAGGAGAAAACAGCUAGCCUUUAGUCUAAAUAUGACAAAAUACACCUAAUAACACCCCUAAAGCUCAGUGGAUAAAACACUGUAUCCAAGAACAGCAGUUUGUAGUUUUAGGCCAAGUUUUGUGCUGUAGCUGUUUCCUGGGGAACAACAACCAGGCGCAGUGACGUUCUGGCAUCUUGUUGUUGCAGUGAGGUUGCCAGGCAACCAGCACUAAAGCUGGAGACGCUCUGCACAGAAGUCCUGGAUGGUGGGAUAAAUUGUUGUUUGUGAAGAAAAAAAGUUACAGGAUGUAACUCUCUCUAAAACCAUAAUCUGUCAUUUUGACAUUUAAGUUUUUAUAAAAAAGUAAACAAGAUUUAAUGUGUUAAUUAAUGAGCCAGUAGGCCAGGACUCAUUUUGAGACACAAACACAUAGCAUUAUAUUUUUAUUUUGAAUGUUUUGUUUUUCCUUCUGUUUAUUUAUUUUUCUUUUUAAGAAGAAUUGAGACCAGUAUUCAUUCUAUGUGGGACAUUUCAUAAUUAGAAAAUCUACUUGUCAAUGCUCUCUGGCGGGCAGUUUGGCAUCUCUGUAAUACAGUUUCUUUUUACUUAUUGGCCAACGUGUACAGUGAUACAGAUUCUAUAGUUCAACCAACAUACCAUACAGACAUGAGAGUGAUAUCAAUCUUCUCUUCUAAUCCUCAAAAAGAAAGUGAAUACACGUAUUCUCUAAAAACAAAAGCUGAUAGAUUUAUUUAGAAUAUAAUUUACUUUUUAUCUACAUGUGUAUCAAACAGUAUGUAGCCUGUUAUACACCUGGUAACAUCUGUAAAGCAGUAUAUGCUGCUUUAUGUUACGGACAUACACUUCUCCUUUACCUCUGUUUUUGUGAGUGAUUAGCAGCUAUGUUUUCUCAAGUCUCUGAGGAGUUUGAAUGGAAAUGUUCCUCUCCUGCUCAAUGACAUUGAUUAUUAGAAUGUCCAGACAAUUUGUCUAAAUCUUACAGCUUUGAAAGCCUAGCUUUGUCCAGCCAAGAAAACUCCUCCCUCUAGCCUUCAUCUCCUCCCCCCUUCACAUCAUUAUGCCUUCACAAACCACCGUCCAGCUGGAAAAAAAAACAAUACUUGAUCAAUAAACGGUGCCUCUUGAGGGCAUUUGAAUUUUUAAGUACAUUUAGACCUAUAUGGAUAAAAUGCACAAGAGCGUGUUAGUUAGGGGAUCUGCGGUGUGGCACGAGAAAAAUUACGUUUUACCUCUUUCCCUUUCUCAUUCUCUUGUACUUGAUUUCCUUAUAUGCAAAAUGCUCUGAUCACUGUGUCUAGUGACCAGAUCCUUUAGCAUGUGGACAGUUAAUUCAGUCCUGAGCAUACUUUUGUUUCCCGGGGCACAAACAAAGGGCCUUAUUUCUCGAUCACUGUAUAAAGAUGUGAUAGCUGUGUAUAAAAAUGACAUGUAUUAAUGGUAAGUUAAGCUUUUU